ACUCUGCUUAUUUCAAACGUUGUUGGCCGCCGCCUUCACAUUGCUAAUGCUUUUGUAAUACGUUACAGCUAGCUUUAAACGGAGUAAAAAUGGGAUUUUGAGCAUUUAACGAUUGAGAAAGUCUUGUCUGGGGAGACAGUGCGGGAUGCUGCAUCGCAAUGGGAAAUAUUUUUGGCAAAAAGAAACGAAGUCGAGUCACAGAACAGGACAGAGCUGUUUUGCAACUGAAGCAGCAGAGAGAUAAACUGAAGCAAUAUCAGAAGAGGAUCACUCUACAGCUGGGGAAGGAGAGACAGUUGGCCAAGCAGCUGCUGCAUGAUGGCAAGAAGGAGAAAGCUCUCCUGUUGCUUAAGAAAAAACGCUUCCAGGAACAACUUCUGGACAAGACGGAGAACCAGAUAAGCAACCUAGAGCGCAUGGUUCAAGACAUUGAGUUUGCACAGAUCGAGAUGAAGGUGAUUGAAGGACUGAAGGUUGGCAAUGACUGCUUAAAGAAAAUGCAUGAGAUGAUGUCCAUAGAAGACGUGGAGAGGAUCAUGGAUGAGACCCAGGAAUGCAUUGAGUACCAGAAGCAAAUUGAUGACAUUCUGGCAGGCUCUCUGACACAAGAGGACGAGGAUGCUGUAUUAGCAGAGCUGGAGGCUAUCACUCAGGGAGAUGUUGAGCUUCCUGAGGUGCCUGAUGAGCAAUUACCAGAGAUUCCAGAUCAAGAGCCAGAGCGGAAGAAGGAAAUUGUGAAGAAGAAGCCGGAGAGAGAGCUGUUGGCUUUGUAGAGCCUCACCAAUGCACUUUUAUAUUGUUCCUGUAACUCCUGGGCGUAGAUGACAACUCGCUCCUCUCUAGAAAAGAAACUUUCUAGAAACAUUCAAGAGAACUCCCUUAAACAUGGGAGCUUCGUUUACGACCCAUCAUAGUUCUCUCAGAUCUGCAGUCCAUCUAAUGGGGCUUUUCUGCUGGACAGUGCCGUACAGUUUACACUUACUACACCUUAUCUUUUAUUUUCCCAUACAACGACAGCAGAGUUUGCAGGUCUGACUUUUUACUUGUUUUGUUUUCUAUGAAUUGACAAACAGCAUCACACUUGGUGGAAAUUUUGAGAGACCCUAUUAUGCUCUGCUGUAUUGUCAAUUGAGUUUUUUUUCUUCUUUUUUUUUUCCUUUCCAAAUAGGAAUCUGUCUCAGGCGACAGUUCUAUGACUAUCAUGAUUGACCAAUCACUGGUUUUGCUUGGUAACUGGUUGUUUAACUGCAGUACAGGUCAAUUGAUAAAGUAAACAACACAAAACAGGAUCACUAGCUUCUUGCCAUACUGCACUGUCCAAUGAAAAAGUGCUUGAUUCUUCCCUGUGUAUUUGUCAAUGCCUGGUCUAAUGAAGAAAAGGUUUGGUUUUUUAAUUUGUUUUCCAACCAUUACUAUUUUUUAAAAACUAAAUACAUCAUUAACCUGUGACUCUUCAGACCAGUGAUUAUUUUUAAUCUUACCUUCCAGGUCUCUCAUGAUUUAACCAUACACACACACACACACACACACACACACACACACACACACACACACACACACACACACACACACACACACACACACACACAUAUAUAUAUAUAUAUAUAUAUAUAUAUAUAUAUAUAUAUAUAUAUAUAUAUAGAGAGAGAGAGAGAGAGAGAGAGACACAUACGUGUGUGUGUGUGUGUGUGUAUAAACCUUCUGGCCAGGUAUAAGGCAUUUUGUCAUCGUCAUCCCAACCCACUCUGACUUAAUAAACUGCAUGUGAGGCUUAUACCAGUAUCUUGUCAGAAUUAUAGGCUAAUAAAUGCUGUGUAAAAGCUCCUUCACUUUAUUACCUCUCUACAUGGGUGCUUACAACACUCCUUUCUGAUUUAGGAGGAUUACGUCUGUUGGAUUAGAAGGUUGUAUACCCCAUUUUAACGUUCUUCACAUUGCCAACGAAUGCAGUCAUACUUUAAUUUUUUUUUUUAUCUCAGUGAUUUACUUGAGCCUUUUUUCCCCCCAGACUCAAGGUUUAUUUUUUAAGAUCUGGAAACAUUUCUUAAACCCAAAGUUAGUUCUUCCCUAGAAUACACAAUACACAAGCCAAUAAAUAUACUUUUUUCUCUCUAUUAUGAUUUAUUGCUAUCAUGUUGGACUGCACUCAGCUGCUCUGUACUCAGAGCUGUCCAGCACUUCUUCAUAGUCUUAAAAGUCUGAUUAUACAAAUUUCAUUUUGUUAUUUUGCAACAAUAAAAUUAUUUUGAAUCAUU